AUGGAACAGAGGAACCCUCCAGUUGAUGAUUUCUCCCUCAAUGUAUUUUCCGUUACCCCAUUCACAAACAACCAGCUGGAUGUUCAAGUCUCGGAAAGUGAUAAAGCUGGAGCCACCUUACUUUUCUCUGGAAUCUUUGUGGGACUUGUUGGAAUCACAUUUACUGCAAUGGGAUGGAUCCAGCGUGAUGGCAAGAAUAGGUUUGAGUGGACCCAGUUGCUGGGACCCAUUCUAUUAUCAGUAGGGGUGACCUUUGCACUGAUAUCCGUAUGCAAGUUUAAACUGCUGUCAUGUAAGCCAUGUAAGAGAAAUGAGGAUACGGCACUAGAGGCAGAUCAACAUUCAGCUGGACAGUCCUUUGUUUUCACUGGAAUAAACCAACCAAUAACUUUCCAUGGUGCUACUGUGGUACAGUACAUUCCUCCUCCAUAUACUGCUCAAGAUGCCAAUGAAUCGACACCUCCCACGUCCCCAGCUGCCACUGGUAACAAUGGAUCUAAUGCUCCUAUUGUGAUGCCACCCCCAGUAUUUCCCCCUGAAUAUUGCAAUGUUUAUGCAAGGGACAAUCCAGCAUUUGUGGAAGAAAAUACAAACCUGCAGCUUACAGACAGGUAUGUGCCUAUUUUUCACUCUGUGCUAAAUUUUCUUAAAGUGAUUGUAAACCUCAGACAAGACAUAUGA